AUGCGCGCCCUCCUCCCCGCGGUGCUCCCGCUGCUCCUGGGGACGCUCCGGGCCUUCCCACAGGUAGGCGCCACAGCCAAGACCCAGCUGUGUCUCUCUCCAUUGGGGCAGCGAGUGCUGGCGGCCCAUCCAGCAUCCGAGCGAGCCUGGAAGUCCACUUGUGCCGGAGACCCCAGCUUCUACCAUGACCAGGCUUCGGGGAAGUGCUGUUACCGCUGUCCUUCAAGAUGGACCCCACUGACGUCAUGCCCGCAGGGGUCUGCCGAUUGCAGGAAGCAGUGUGAGCCUGAUUACUACCUGAAUGAGGCGGGCCGCUGCACAGCCUGUGUGAGGUGUUUGAGAGAUGACCUUGUGGAACAGGCGCCGUGCUCUGGGAGCUCCUCUCGCAUCUGCAAGUGCCGCCCCGGCAUGUUCUGCUUCACGUCCGCCGUCAACUCCUGCGCCCGCUGCCGACCACACUCCGCCUGCGCUGCGGGGCUAGUGGUCCACUUCCCAGGCACCGCGGAGAAGGACACCGUCUGCGGGCUGCCUCCCUCCCUCCCCGGCCCCAGCAAGGCCGGCCCUCAGCAUGACAAGACCCCCACCAGCCCGGGUCCUCAGUCCACGUCCAGCUUGGUGUCCCCGGCCACUGCCAGGACCUCUGACCCCAAGGGGAGCAGCGCCCUCAGGCUGGGGGGCACUUGGAAUCUCGCGAGGACUCCCGGAUCCCACGCAGACCCAGCUGUGAGGCGCUGGUUCGAAGAUGCCCCACCCCUUGCAGGCAUGGCUGAAAGAGACACGACCUUGGAACCACCUCCCUCGGGGACCUCCCCAGACUACAGCACCCCAGACAAGAGCAAGGCCCCUGCCAGCACCCCCGCCGCCACCCUGAGCCCCCUGCUGGACUCAGAGACCGGCAGGCCCGAGUUUAUCCCCACCCGCUCGCUCCCCUCCACCCGGAAACCCAUCCUGGAUCCAGGGCCCGUGUUGUUCUGGGUGGUCACCAUGCUGCUGGUGGCCCUGGGCUCCGGCUCGCUCCUCCUGUGUCACCGCCGGGCCUGCCAGAGGCGGAUUGGGCAGAAGCUGCACCUCUGCUUCCCUGCCCGGACCUUCCGGCCCAAGGUGGAGCUUCUGGAUUCCAGACCUGCCAGGACUCCGUCAGAGUCAAGAAGCAUAUCGGUGACGGAGCCCAGCCCCGGGUCCUUGAGCAUACCCAGCCCCCCACCCGCGGAGCUGAGCCCCCUUGGAGGGGCGGCCUGCCUGGAGAGCCUGCCCCUGCUGGAUGCCAGUCUGGCUGAGGGUCCCCUCGCGCCCAGGGACCCUCCGGAGCCCCGGAUGUCCACAGAGCACACGAAUAAUAGGAUUGAGAAAAUCUACAUCAUGAAGGCCGACACGGUGAUUGUGGGGACCGUGAAGACUGAGGUACCCGAGAACCGAGGUCUGGUGGGACUGGGGGAGUCCGAGCUGGAGGCGGAGCUGGAAGUGGACCACGCACCCCACUACCCGGAGCAGGAGACAGAACCACCUCCGGGCAGCUGCGAGGACGUCAUGUUCUCCGUGGAGGAGGAAGGGAAGGAAGAUUCCUGGCCCACAACCACCUCUGAGAAGUGA